GUUUACACAGACUUUCACAGUUUCACCCCUUCGCCUCCAACACAUUCACACCCUGAAGAAAAAAAAGCUCUCCUUCUGCAAAUUACUUCACUCACUCCCACUCUUUCUUUUCUUUCUCUAUAAAAAGCUCAUAAUCGCACUCAAUCAUAGCCCAAACGAGCCUUCAAAGCUCGAAUCUCCCACCCCAAAAAUACCCCAAGAAUCUUUUUUUUCUUAAUUUAAAGAAAGAUCGGUUUUUUGUUGCCUGUUUCAUGUUCAUAGGCUCGAUUUAUUGCGUUUUCUGUGUGUGGGGUUGGCCUCGGUGAUCUAUUCGUCGCCUCGGAAGAGAUCAGUCUGAGGCGAUUGAGAAAGGCGUGAGCUGUGAAGAAAGUAAAAAUGGCCGGCGGGUUUUCUUGAACUGGAUAGUGAACGGCGUCGUUUGGGAUUUGGAGGGAUGGAUGUUCUUCUGCGAUCCAUGAUUCUGCUGUUCAUGAUCCUCAAUCACAAGGCUCGACAAACGGCGUUAGCGUUCACCGGAACGUACGGGAUCAACUACGGCAGAAUUGCAGACAACAUUCCGGAGCCAGACGACGUCGUCAGGCUCCUCAAAGCAGCGAAGAUCAGAAACGUCAGAAUCUACGACGCCGACCACGGCGUCAUCAAGGCCUUCAGCAACUCCGGCCUCGAGCUCGUCAUCGGCCUCUCCAACGGCGACGUGAAGGCCGUUGCUGCCAGUGCCGACCGCGCCCUCAGCUGGGUCAAAGACAACGUCGUCGCCUUCCUCCCCGACACCAACAUCGUCGGCAUUGCCGUUGGCAAUGAGGUCCUCGGUGGCGGCGAUUACGAACUUUCUGCCUCCCUCCUAAACGCCGUCAAGAACAUCCACAACGCCACUUCGAACCUUGAUCUCGCCCGCCGGAUCCAGAUAACCACCGCGCAUUCCCAGGCUGUUUUUGCCGAUUCCUUCCCCCCGUCCUCCUGCAUCUUCACCGAUUCCGUUUCCCACCUCAUGAAACCCCUUCUCCAAUUCUUCUCUGAAAUUGGGUCCCCCUUCUGCUUAAACGCCUACCCGUUUCUCGCAUACACGUACAAUUCCGACAAGAUCGACAUCAAUUACGCACUGUUCGAGUCAAACCAAGGAAUUCGCGACGAAAAAUCAAAUCUUUACUACGACAACCUACUGGAUGCGCAGAUUGACGCGGCAUAUGCGGCUUUGGAGGACGCAGGGUUCAAGAAGAUGGAGGUGGUGAUAACGGAAACGGGCUGGGCUUCUCAUGGCGGCACAAACGAGCCGGCUGCCACGACAGAGAAUGCCCGGACAUAUAACUAUAAUCUGAGGAAGAGGCUCGCGAAGAGGAAAGGGACGCCUUUGAGGCCCAAGAGCGUUCUGAAGGCCUACAUUUUUGCACUGUUCAACGAGGAUUCGAAACCCGGACAACUGUCCGAGAAGAACUAUGGGUUGUUCAAAGCCGAUGGGAACAUCUCUUAUGAUAUCGGGUUUCGUGGGUUGCCAAACUCGUCGACUGCAGCGUCUUCUCUCUUGAAGGGAGCGGGAGGUCAAGCGUCCGUUGUCUCGCUGCUAGUGCCCGUGGCUUCGAUGCUAUUUCUACUACUAUGGCAACAUCAUCAUUUUUUGGAUUCAUUCUGGCGCGCAUGAAAAUGAUCGGUUGGAAUUCAAAUUUUAUUAGAAGAUUUGCGAUGGUAGUUAUGGUACCUUACGGAGUUUACUUAGGCUAUUGUUUGUCGUUCUAUCGAGUUAUGAGGAAUGUAUAUGCAAUAAGUGUUCUUAUAAAGAGAAGUAAUCAGGUCGUUCAACGAUAAAUUAUAUUUUUGUACAUUCAUUCUGAUGUACGUGGUGUUUUUGUUACAAUAUAUGCUCGUCUUCCUUACAAACCAAACGCAUCUAGUAUAUCACCUUCAUUAGUACAUGUUGGGAUAUAAUGGACGCGUUUGGCUUUGUUUGGUUUA